GUGAUACCUCGCAAUACCUUCUGCAAGGCGCUGGCCGAGCUUUUGGUGCUUGUAGCUUCAGGGUCGUCGAACCAAGCGAAUGGCUAAAAACCGUUACAUCUCCAGCGUCCGUGGACUAGACUAGAGCCGAAGUUAGAUAAAGAUUUCUGCAGGCCAGUCUUCUUCAGACAGAUCAGAAACUGCGCGGGUGAAAUACGGCAGCGAGAAGGGCGCAAGGGACGUCACAGCGGAUAGAAAAGGCACUGGCAAUUCUCGUAUCAUUGUGUGCAGAGCAAAGUAGAACAUCUCCAUUGCCGCCCGUAUUUCAUCGCUGCUUGCUCUCAAGAUCUUUGCUUGGUGGCAUCCGGGGCGAUUUGAGGUGUCGACUUCCCCCCCUUUUGGCAUCGCUGCCCAUUUGCUCAACAACCACCUCCAUUCUUUGAAACGUCAAUCCUCCAACCCCGUCAUCAAUCACUUCUCCAGCCACCACUGUGAGCGUCGCCUUGUCCAAUCGGUUUUGUCCAAUACCUGCUUCUCUUUCAGCAGACAAGCCUCGCAAGGGUCUUCCCAAGUCCUUGUGGGCGCGUUCUGCAGCGCAAUCCGUCUCGUCGUCGCCCUUCCGUCCUCUCCUUCACCUCCACCAUCCAACGUUCUAGGUCUCUCUCACUCUCACUUUUAUCCUCCUCCGGUUCUGCCUUACUCACUCAAUUCACCCUCACUUUUUCGCUGUGUCACCGUUAGCAACUGAGGUUUGCCCUGACGGAACUUUCCCUCACAAACUCCCCGCUAUUUCUUGCCCUCCUCUCCUCGCCUGCUCCCUUCCUCUCCUCUCUUCACCCGUUCGUCUUCGCCUCUUGAGCUCCAACAUCCUCUCGAUUCAUUACUGCAUCCUGACAUACUCCCUACCCCUGAAACAUCUGUGCCUCAGCACAUAAGUAACCGCAGUUUUUCAACUGUUGUGUUAGCAAGCUUCGAAAAUGGUUGUUGCUACUAUCAAAUGUGUUGUCGUUGGGGACGGAGCUGUCGGAAAGACGUGUCUGUUGAUCUCAUAUACUACAAACAAGUUUCCUUCUGAAUAUGUUCCCACUGUUUUCGAUAAUUAUGCAGUGACUGUGAUGAUUGGAGACGAACCGUAUACUCUCGGCCUUUUCGAUACUGCGGGCCAGGAGGAUUAUGAUCGUCUUCGUCCGCUCUCCUAUCCCCAAACCGAUGUCUUCCUCGUUUGUUUCUCCGUGACUUCUCCUGCGUCAUUCGAGAACGUCCGCGAGAAAUGGUUUCCGGAAGUCCGUCAUCACUGUCCCGGGGUCCCUUGCUUGAUUGUUGGUACCCAAACCGACUUACGCGAUGACCCUGCUGUUCGUGAGAAACUCUCAAAACAGAAGAUGGCUCCCGUUCGCAAAGAAGACGGAGAGCGCAUGGCAAGGGAACUUGGAGCGGUCAAAUACGUCGAAUGCUCUGCACUCACUCAGUACAAGCUCAAGGACGUCUUCGAUGAGGCCAUCGUUGCUGCCCUUGAGCCCCCAAGCACCCGCAAGAAGUCUCGCGUUUGCAAGAUUCUGUAAAGCUCUUUUUACAUUUUUUUUCAACGGCGUUGAGGCAAAGUCUAGUCGUCCUCCCAAUUAUCCUUCCAGAUACUUCUAGAUUAGCUUAUCCGCUGUUUAUUGCGCCGUCGAGCAUGCCCUCUUAAUCUGGAUUGAACUGGACAAACGCGUUUUGUUAUGUCUGCAAACAAGAUGACAAUAUGAUGAUGGCAUUAUGAGGGGUUUCAGGAAGGCGUGUGAAAUGGCGAAUCAUUGAAGGGAUGGAAUUGUGUCUUUGUUUUUUACCCUUGUCAUAGUCAUCUCUGUACUCCUGUGUCCACAUGUCUGUUUUACUUUGAGUGUUGUGCUGAAUCAGGCAGAUCACAGGUCUUUAAGACAGAUUGAUGAAUCCUAUUUUAUUUUAAUUGA